UUGGUCCAAAUCCAAGAUGUCACAGUGAAAUUAUGGAUUCCCAAUCGAAGCCAGUUGGUGAAGUCAUAACUGAAGGUUUCAGCACAUGUCUGGAAAAGAACAUAGCCAUGGGUUUAUGUGCAAUCAGGGACUCAUAAGCCAAGGGCCAACUUGAAGUUGCUUCCCAGCUCAAAAUCUUAAAACUUGGCUCGAGUUGAGUUCGAGUUUACACAGUAAAAUUGAAACGAUAAAUGAGUCGAGUUGAGUUGCAAUAAUUCAGCUCGUUUAAACUCGACGCGGCUCGCUGCCUAAAACCGGUUGAAUCGCAUAAACCGGUUCACCAAUUUAAAGAAACCGGUUCACCAAUUUAAAGAAACCGGUUCAAAGUAAACACACUUCACUAUUUGCCGAGGCAAGCGAUCCCUUCUCUUUCCAAUUCCUCGCUCUUUCUCUCGCUUCCGUCGACCACCCUUCCAGUUCCCCCACCGCCGCACCCCCCGCAAGCACAGCAGCACCACCGUCGGCCCACCUGUCUGUCUUCUCUUGCCUCUGCCGCUCGUAUACGGAACCAACACCCUUAGCCGGUUUUAGACGGAACCAACAUCCUCAUUCUCCGCGGCUGCACGCAAAACCACCGUUCGUCUACGUGUUCGGUGUUCCCUGCUGCACCACUGCUUGCAAGGCUCCAACGGACCGCUGUAGUAUUGCCCUCUGCUGCUCCGCCGGUUUGGGAUUUGGGAGUGCUUCCAAAAGCAUAUGGAUUUGAUAACAGCACAUAAGACCCACUAUGGUGAGGUUCCAAUUCAGUCAGUUGCCUGGGUGCAGUCUGUCCUAACUCUAGAUUCCGAUGGAUGCUGCACAUACCAAGAAGGGCACUUCAGACUGCAGAGUUGGCUCAAACGCAAUUUUCUGAUUUAAGUCUUCUGCAGCAUUCAGCAAACCUGCCCUGCCAUGAAGAUUAACCAUGCAGCAAUUGAAUAUUAUAUACUUCAAAUUUUUGGUCGUGAGGGCUUUAGUUGGCAUUUGCAGGCUUGCCCUAAACCCUUCCUAAUCCUCUGCUCUGCCUGCGAGAGAGAGAGAGAGAGCAGCCAUGGAGGGCCCCGGAAAGUUCAUCCCCACGAAUCCAAGACUGCAGCCGCCGAAGAAGCAGCCGGACUCCUCCCCAGAGUCGAACUACUGGCGCUCCUUCAAGACCCGACAGCUAACCCUCCCACGCCUCUCAUCCAGCGCCGUCUCCUUCGUCCACUUCUCCCCUGCCCCUCCCCACGACUUCGUUCUCACCUCCUCCGCCUCCCUCACUCUCUUCUCUUCAUCCACCCUCCGCCCCAUCUCAUCCAUCACUGACUUCCCUGACGUUGCCUUCUCCGGCGCCUUUCGCUUCGACGGCAAGCUCGUCGCUGCUGGUUGUCAGUCCGGCGUCGUCCAGGUUUUCGAUGCCACGUCCCGCCUUGCCCUCCGCCGACUUGAGGGCCACGCCCGUCCCGUCCGAUUUGUCCGGUACCCCUUACCUUCCUCCGGCGACAAGCUCCAUCUCCUCUCUGCUGGCGAUGACGCCCUUGUUAAGUGGUGGGACGUCUCCACCGGCACGGAAGUCCUCACCUUCACUGGCCAUCGGGACUACGUUCGCUCUGGCUCGCCGAGCCCCACGUCCGCCCAUCUCUGGGCGACGGGAUCUUAUGACCACACCGUUAGGGUUUGGGACAUCCGACGGCCGGAAUCAUCGGUACUUUCCGUCAACCAUGGUGCCCCGGUGGAGGCCGUGCUGUUCCUCCCGUCCGGGGGAUGGAUGGCCACUGCUGGAGCGAAUUCUGUCAAGAUCUGGGACGUUAUCAGUGGCGGGAAAAUGAUCCAUUCUAUGGAGAACCACAACAAGACGGUGACGGCCCUCUCCCUCGGCAAGUUCUCCGGCCAGGACGGCGUGGAGUCGACCCGGAUCUUCAGCGUCUCACUUGACGGAUACUUGAAGGUGUUCGAUUAUUCGAAUUUCAAGGUUACUCAUACAUCGCGCUUCCCUUUUCCCCUCCUGUCGGUCGAUUCAUCGCCUUCGUCUCUGGUCCGGGCCAUCGGAACCGCGAAUGGCGUCGCCUUCGUUAGCAAGAGGAAGAAUAUGACAGAAGCCGACGGGGAUUCUGCGCCAAGUGGGGCCGAAGGAUUGUUGGAAGAGAAGAAGAGGACUUCGAAGGCUCGAGGAUUCAGGUAUUUUGAGCGCGGGCAAAACGAGAAGCCGUCUGGAGGUGAUUUUAUGGUGCAAAGGCCAGAGAAGGUGAAGUUGGCGGAGCACGAUCGAUUGCUUAAGAAAUUCCGACACAAAGAGGCACUAGUUUCGGUCCUUAGGACAAAUGAUCCGAUGAUGGUCGUCGCUGUGAUGGAGGAACUAGUGGCAAGGAAUAAGCUUAUCAAGUGUUUGACGAAUCUGAAUUCAGAGGAGGAACUCGGAUUGCUUCUGGGGUUUCUGCAUCGAUUCACCACUAUGCCGAGAUAUGCCAGAUUCUUGAUGGCAGUGGCGAGGAAGAUCCUCACACAGCGGGCUAACGACAUCGGGAGCUCACCCGCAUUGAGGAAGCAUCUGGCAGGCCUCAAGGCCACCGUUGCUGAGGAAAUUAAGAUACAGAACUCGUUGAUGGAGAUACAAGGGAUGAUCUCCCCAUUGCUGAGUAUUGCUGGAAGAUAGCUCUAUGUACUCACCCUUGACUAUGUCGCAAUCAUGGAUUCCUUGGGGGGAACUCAGCUGCAGAAUUCAUUGACGGACACAACUACUCGGCCAUUUUUCUCUUUUGACAUUUCUCUCUUUUAUUCACCUUUUGAUAAUCUAUUUUAUCUGUGUGUUCAUUCUUUUACUUCUGACAAUGAAGAGAAGUAGAGAACUGUUUGGAGGAGAGUUUCCUCUCCUUGAGCUCUGAGAACUGAAUGGCUGUCUUGGCCUUUUACUGUACUGUAAGAAAAGGUUUCAAAUUUUUGGCGAAUUUUGUCA